CGGAGGCUCAGAUGCUACUAUCCUUACUUCUUUGAUCAGAGUUGGGCACCCACAAGAUACACAAGUAGGGACAAUGCCGGUCCACUUGUUUGCUCCCGCGCUCGGAGCAGCUGCAGCCUGGGGGGCUCUUCAAGAUUGUGAGAGCGAUACACGAGACAGUCCGAAAGAAGAACGACCCAAGCCACGGCCCAACGAGACUCUUUCUAACACGCAGAUUGCAGCCUUUGAAGAUGCCAUUGAAAUCCAACGUCGUCGCAGUAUGAUGUCCUUUAGCAAUGGCGGCUCUCCCACGAGUCCCAGUAGUCGAUUCUUUCAGCAGGCGGCAUUGGGAGAUGAUUUGAGUGUCAGCGAGAAUGAUAACAAUAACAAUGACGGAGAAAAUCCCAAUGCUUCCUACUUGGAUCCACCUUCGGUCAAACACUCCACGUCCACCUACAAUGAAAACCCUGCGGUUCCAGUAGGGUCCUUUACUGGAAACAACAACAACAAUGCCAACAAUACCAGCAACAACAACAAUAACAAUGUCGACGGCCCUCCCAGUAUUCGAAUGAUCAACUCGUUUCCCAUCACGGUGGAUCAAAAACUCGAAAAGCGAAAAAGCGUCCAAUUGCGACGAGGCAGCAGUCUCUACAGUGCCGGCGGUGCUGGAGGCCCCUUGGACUGUGUUCUCAGUGGCUUUGUCGAUGGAGAUUUUGCCGCUGGAAAAGUACGAGACAUUCCCGUCGAUGGAUGUUUUGUCAUGGCAUUUUCACCGCAAACACACUCACUGCUGGCCGUGGGUGCUCGCAAGACACUGGAUUUUUACGAAACCAUUGGGUACAGUCUGGCCUGUCGAUUUCCACGCGAUGCACAAGUCUCGGCCGUUCAGUGGCUGGCGGCUGCUGAUGACCAUCAUACUAAUAGUAGUAAAGCAAAAGCAACCACCCGAAGUGGUCACCACAAUUUGCUGGCGGUGGGGGAUUUGGGUGGUACCGUGAGCUUGUUGCAAGUGCAAGAAGAAGUACUGGAAAUGUACGGACCUACCGUGAAACAUACCUUUCAAGUGGCGCAUCAAAUACGAGCCAUUGAAUUAAGACUUGUGGGCCAUGAUAGAAUACUCUUGGUGGUGGGGGAUAAGGGAGGCAAUGUUACAUUUUCAGAAUACUCGAGAGAACUGGAGCCACUGACCAAUCAUGUAGCCGUAUCCAUGCCGAAUGACAAAGUGCUGUCUUUGGCCCUACGCACCAAUCCUCAUCCACCACAGCAACAAGAACAAGAUUCUGGCAAUGCUGCAACGACAACAAUGACAUCGUAUCUGGGGGUGAGUUUUAUGGGUGGGGAAGCUAGGGUAUAUGAGUUGGAUACAAGUGACGGCAACCUGAAGCUGAAACCGCAACCAGUAUUUGCUCACACCCGACGAGGGGCGGUUCGUUCCGUCACCUUUUCACCCGACGGAGACCUCUUUGUCUUGGGAGGGUACGAUAAAACAGCAGUUUUGGUGGACACACAACUCUGGAGGGUGGUCCGAGAACUCAAAUUGGAAGGAACCAUCAACGUGCUCGAAUUUGACCCCGCCACUCGCUAUCUGGCGGUUGGUACACGCGACAAGUCAUUUGUGGUGUUUGAUACUUCCACCUUUGUCGCCAUCAAAAAAUUUGCCUCUCCGGGAUGGGUGACUGACAUUUCCUGGGGACCCCGCAAUUCGUACAAGGACUGUGUGGCGGUACGUUGUGAGCGAACGUGCGUUUCCUUGUUGGAUUUGACUCCCAUUAGUCGCACCACAUUCGAAUUGGAAGACGAAUUGGAUGGUUCCAAGGAAUGUGCCAUAUCAUGGAGUCAAACGGGACGGUAUUGUGCUAGGAUUCAUGGAUGCUCCGUGCGUGUCUCGGAUUCCUACAACUCGUUUCAGGACGUUGCUAAAUUUGAAGGAGAUGGUACACUGCGGGGCGUUGCGUUUUGUCCUGCGGAGGGGAAGGAAAACAUAUUGGCAGUGGUUGGAUUGGAUGGGCACAUGACUGUGUUGAAGCUGUGCCCAUUUGGUAGUGGGUUGGUGUUUCAAGUGGUAAAGGCAUUGUUUGUCGAGGAGCAUUUGUGGGUCGUCAGGUGGACUCCUGAUGGAGCCGUCCUUGCAACGGGUGGUAGAGGCAAGGUGCUGCACCUGUUCAAUGCUCAGACGUUUGAGCGGAUUCUGAGCCAGAAGAUUGAUGGCAGAAUAUGGGGUAUCGACUUUUGUCGCACAGUACGAACCGACGCAACAACCAGCCCAAGGACUAUUGCAGGUGUCACAAGCCCGGUCAGUAUUGCCACGGGCAGCUAUGGUUGGCAAAUGGCCGUGGCAUCUGGAGCCGACGUUGCCAUCAUCUUUGAUACUUCUUUGCAACCGUGGCUCCAGGUACACCGACCCAGAACAGCGCGCGCAUUGCGAUAUCAUCCCAAUCUACCUAUACUAGCAAUUGGCGAUGGCUCUGGUUGCCUUGCGAUUGUAGAUUAUGAACAAGAAGAAACUCUCAAGGAUUUUCUUGUGGGAAGCCGCGUCAACACUUUGGAUUUUAGCCCCAAAGGCGACUUCCUCGUGGUUGGUACGGACGACUGUGUCUUUACACUCUACGAAACAUUUACAUACAAACCUGUUCAAGCCAUACCAGUGCAAGGAUUUGCAAUGAUUUCAUCUUUUUCACCAAACGGGCAAUGCCUCGGGCUUGGGACUGCUGAAGGUAUAUAUUCAAUCACGCGCCUUGGCCCCCUUCUCGGCGUUGAUUUGGCACCCUUGGAAUUGGGAGUUGACCCGGAGGUGUUGUACCGGAGUGGGGAUGGGCCAAGCUUCAUCCAACGCCUCAUGAGGAAGGGGGAUCAAGACAGUCUUCAUUUAGUCGCAAAGAUACUGCAUCAACAUCCCGAAGCAAUCUACGCAUUCGAUCGUCAAGCCAAGGAAUCGUGCUUUGAUACGGCUCUCAUCCUUAGAAAACCCAACUUACUCAAGCUGGCAGUGAUGAUUUUGGUUGACGGCAACCUAAAAUUGGACAGUGACGCCAUCAUGACAUCGCCCAUUCCAUUGAAAGCAAGGAUGGCAUUGGAUACUAUCCUUCAAGAGUAUUCGCCAGAGUUCGUGGUGGACAUUAUGCGAGCCAUGACGUUUCUGAAGGUACCUUUUUCAAGUCCGAUGGUCAUGAAAGAGGGAGAUUGCAGGGAACGAGGCUCGGAUAGUUUCAUGGACCCGUGGCCACGGAAAUAUAAGUUGACAAACGAAAAAGCUGAAGGCGUCAUUUCACGUGGGACUGUCAUGAGGAUACCGGCUGUUCUGCCAUUGCCGGGGCUAGGAACCAUGCAGUUUCUAUCCUCGUUGAUUGAAAAAGCGCCACCUACCGUGUUCGACAAUGAUGCAAUUGCCAUAGUUUUGCGCGUGCUUUGGAAGAAUCAUAUACAGAAAUACUUCAUUCUGGAUCUCAUCACCUACACGACUUUCUUUGUUUUGUGGAUCGUCUUGGUCGACAAAAAGUCGGGCACGACAGAAGAGGAGAACGAGGGCACGGCCAUGGGAACCAUGGCAGUUGCGAUCUCAGUUUUGAUUCUGAACACAUUGUUUGCUGUGAAGGAAUUGGUUCAAUCCGACUACGGGAGAAGACCUGGAUACAUUCGAUCAGUUUGGAACAUUGUCGAUUUGCUUGCCAUUAGCUGCGUCUGGUACUACGUCGUAGUGGGAUGUUUUAUCGAUGAAUUGAGUCCAGGCUUGGAACCACUAGCCGUGGUUACGAGCCUUCUUCUUACAGUGAGGCUUGUGGCAUAUCUGAGAGGCAUCAGCGACACAGGGUGGCUUGUAUCGGUCUUGACGCACAACUUGCACGAUGUCCGGGGUUUCCUGCUGAUCCUUUUUGUGCUUUUAGUGGGGUUCACAACAACUUUCCGCAUUCUAUUUCAAGAUGUGAAAGGUCCUUGUGAAAUCGAAUAUGAUCAAGAGACAAGUACCCUGGCGGAGAGCUGCGAAGCCGCCCCGUUUGAUUCGUAUGCUCGGAGUUUCGUGUCUUCCUUUCAAAUGGUGAUCCUUGGGGAGUACGAGCCGAGCCUUCUCUACGAGAGCGAAUACGCUGUCCUUGCAAUUAUCAUCUUCAUCGUAGCUGUUACUUGUGUUUUGAUUGUGGCCUUGAACGCAUUGAUUUCUGUCUUAGCAGAUAGCUACGCGAGGGUGCAGGCAAACGCAGCAGCGAAUCGACGCAAGGAACGAGCUGAGCUUAUCGUGGAGUACAUGUCCAUUCUGCCACCAAGCAAGAGACAAUCAAUUGAAAAAAGAACAACUUACUUUCAUGCUCUGUUCGAGUCUGACGCCGAUGGUGACCUACUCCUAGCCAAAGACGAUUGGCAGGGAGGGUUGAAUGCUUUAAGACGCGAGAUGGAAGAGCUGAUCAACGCAACAUCAGAAAGGAAUCAAAAACAGCUGGAACAAUUCAAAACCGAGAUUGAUUCAGAAAUCAACGGCCUGCGCAGGGAGCUGGUGUCGCUCCUCGAAGACAUGGCAGGAGAUGUUCGAAGCAUUCGCCGACUGCAAUCGCACGACGGAAUCACUCUGAAUGGUAAAAACGUCGCAAAAGCAGUCAAAGCUGUGAAGUCCAUUGGACGGCAUGGCAAAAAAGCCAUCUUUGGAGAGCAGAAGCCUUGAGUUUCGUAGGAAGUGUUGAUACAACGGGUAGUAUCUCUCACGUUUCUCCUCUCAAGAGGAGCUGCAGUCGCCAAAACCAAUCAACCGACUGGGUCACUCUUGCAACCUCGCGCCGCAUCUGACAUUCAUCAUCCAACAAUUCACAACGACGAGUGGACUGUCAAUUGAAAGUGGCCAAAUAACCCGACGAUCAGCUUAUGAAACUUGGAGCUUACUACGCAGUACAGUUCGAUCUGUCGUCACUGAAUCUGGGAGCAGUUCGAUCCAGCUUGCCACUGUACCGGUACUGGUACCGCCAGAACACAUCGUGCACCGUGCAACUUCAGCCUGGUCAUGUAGCUACUGGUACCUACACCAGCAGAUCUCAGCUUGGUGCUGUUUGAAGAGAGUAACUUUGCAGGUACCCGGUCAUUCAGCAGCAGAUCUCGGCUUGGUGCUGUUGUCCCUGGCGACUUUUUAUGACAGCUUGCAGAGCAGGUUGGUAUGUUACCAUAGUGUAUGAAUGUCAAGACGGCCAGCAGACACGAACAUAGAAAGCUUGAGGAUUACUGUAAUAAUUCGUAAAGGGAUCAACAUGCCGAAAAGCACCGCCCGAGUCGGAAAAAAAAACAUGUCCCGCCCAAGUCGCGCAACCAGAGUUGAUCAUCCUCCACCACCACAACAAGGCAUGAGCAAAAUGGCCGGUCGUUGCAAAGGAGGUGAUUCUGGGGUUGCGCCAAUGGUCCCGGUAUUUUCUCUAGUUUAGUUGCUCAUGAUUUCCAAACUGUCAAUCGCGAUUUCUUCUAUCGUCUUGAAUAUGUGUAUUGGUUCGAUUCAAUUCAUCCGAUCACGGCCGCCCACAACAGAGUGACACAAUUGCUUCCGCAGCUCGAUCUACACCCUCAUCAUUUAAAUCCAUAUGCGUGCAAAGACGAAACAACUCUCCACCACGGCUGUACCCACCCGAAAGCUUGAUUCCAUAUUCCUUGAGCAGGCGCGGAAUCAAUUCCUCUCGUGAGACUUUGCUGUCGGGUGGCAGUCCAAAAAAGAUCAAAUUGGUAUCGACUUGACCAUUGCGUGGCAAGAAAAAGCCAUUGCUGUGCAGUUCCGCUCCCAAUCGUUUGGCCCGAAUAUGAUCUUGCUCGAGUCGCUCCACAUUAUUCUGUACGGCAUAGAGUCCCAUGGCCGCCACCACACCGGCUUGUCGCAUUCCACCUCCACAUCGUUUGCGUGCUCGUUUGGCCAGUCGAAUGAAUUCCUUGUCUCCCACCAAGACACUUCCCAGUGGAGCGCCCAGUCCUUUGGAGAGACAAAUGCUGACACUGUCGACGUGUUGACAUAUGUUUUGGAGUGAUUGUUGGGAUGCCACAACGGCAUUGAAGAUUCUGGCUCCAUCAAUAUGAAGUUGAAUGCCCAAUUCGUCAUGUGCCAAUUUCCCAGUGGCGUGAAUGUCGUCUGGAUUCAGUACGGCUCCUCCCAGCAUGUUGUGUGUAUUUUCCAAACAAAUCAGAGCCGUCUUGGCACAAUGAUCAUCGGUAUCGAGCCGAAAGGCAUCCCGAAUAUCGUCGUGUCGCAAGACACCGUCGGGAGUUUCUGGCAAUUGUCGCGUGUGCACUCCUGCCAAACUGGCGGCAUUCCCCGCUUCCCACAAGGAAAUGUGCGAAUUGGCACCAAUGAUGAUUUCUCCCGCACGAGUGUGACAAUGCGCCAUGAUGGAGACUAGAUUGGCCAUGGUCCCUGUGGGCACGUACAAUCCAGCCUCUUUGCCCGCCAAAUCUGCCAUGUAUUCUUGUAGCUGAAUGACCGUGGGAUCUUCGCCCAUGACAUCGUCCCCCGUUGGAGCUGUCAAGGCAGCUUCCAGCAUGGGACGAGAGGGUGCCGUCACGGUGUCACUGCGAAGAUCUACCACGGAAGAAGAAGAAGAAAAGCAUCGUCUACUACUACUCGUCGUUUUCGAAUAAUGAACUGCUCCAGGGGAAGAUCGAUUGCACCCAGUCAAUCGGCAUAAGAGGCGUGGGAGGGCAUUCAAUCUCAUUGUUAUUGUGCUGACGGUAAGAGUCUACUAUAAGCGUUUGUUUUAACUUGACAGAGGAAACACUUCCAAAGGCAGUUCUUUGGGGGUUUGGAGAGUGACAGUCAGCAAAAUUGGGGACAAAG